UGAAUUUAAUCCAUGUUUUGGAUGUGAUAUUACCGAGUUACUGGAGCAACCCAACCACGUUUCUUUUGCCGAAUGCAAGUGUGUUUUCAACAUCGCCAUUGACGCCAUUGUUGGGAGGAGAGUAAAAGCCCUUGAAGAUGGAUAACAGAAGACGUGUUUCUUACGCUGGGUUAAAGGCAGCAGGAAGAACUUCUGUCUGCUUUUCUUUUUUUUUCUUUUUUUGCUCUCAAUACCAGCAACAGCUACUUAACCAAUUAUAUUUAGACCAUUUUUACACAAGCAACGACUUGUGCAGUGCUUUAUGAAACGCACGCAACAACGUCCUCACAACCACGUCACAACCACAUCACAACCACAUCGCAACCUUAUCACAAUCACAUCACAAUCUCAUCGCAACCACAUCACAACCACAUCACAGCCACAUCACAACUACAUCACAACCACAUCACAACCACAUCGCAACCUCAUCGCAACCUUAUCACAACCACAUCACAAUCUCAUCGCAACCUCAUCACAACCACAUCACAACCACAUCGCAACCACAUCACAACCACAUCACAAUCUCAUCACACAUCACAACCACAUCGCAACCACAUCGGAACCACAUCGCAACCUCAUCACAACCACAUCACAACCACAUCACAACCACAUCACAACCACAUCACAACCUCAUCACAACCACGUCACAACCACAUCACAACCACAUCGCAACCUUAUCACAAUCACAUCACAAUCUCAUCGCAAUCUCAUCGCAACCACAUCACAACCACAUCACAGCCACAUCACAACCACAUCACAACCACAUCGCAACCUCAUCGCAACCUUAUCACAACCACAUCACAAUCUCAUCGCAACCUCAUCACAACCACAUCACAACCACAUCGCAACCACAUCACAACCACAUCACAAUCUCAUCACACAUCACAACCACAUCGCAACCACAUCGGAACCACAUCGCAACCUCAUCACAACCACAUCACAACCACAUCACAACCACAUCACAACCUCAUCACAACCACAUCACAACCACAUCACAACCACAUCACAACCUCAUCACAACCACAUCACAACCUCAUCACAACCACAUCGCAACCUCAUCACAACCACAUCGCAACCACAUUGCAACCUCAUCACAACCACAUCGCAACCUCAUCACAACCACAUCACAAUCUCAUCACAACCUCAUCACAACCACAUCACAACCUCAUCACAACCACAUCGCAACCUCAUCACAACCACAUCGCAACCACAUUGCAACCUCAUCACAACCACAUCACAACCUCAUGACAACCUCAUCGCAACCACAUCGCAACCUCAUCACAACCACAUCACAACCACAUCACAACCUCAUCACAACCACAUCGCAACCUCAUCACAACCACAUCGCAACCACAUUGCAACCUCAUCACAACCACAUCAACCACAUCACAACCACAUCACAACCACAUCACAACCUCAUCACAACCACAUCACAACCACAUCACAACCUCAUCACAACCACAUCACAACCACAUCGCAACCACAUUGCAACCUCAUCACAACCACAUCGCAACCACAUUGCAACCUCAUCACAACCACAUCACAACCACAUCGCAACCUCAUCACAACCACAUCACAAUCUCAUCACACAUCACAACCACAUCGCAACCACAUCAGAACCACAUCGCAACCUCAUCACAACCACAUCACAACCACAUCACAACCUCAUCACAACCACAUCACAACCUCAUGACAACCUCAUCGCAACCACAUCGCAACCACAUCGCAACCAUAUCACAACCAUAUCACAACCACAUCACAACCACAUCACAACCUCAUCACAACCACAUCACAACCUCAUCACAACCUCAUCACAACCACAUCACAACCUCAUCACAACCACAUCGCAACCACAUCGCAACCUCAUCACAACCUCAUCACAACCUCAUCACAACCACAUCACAACCUCAUCACAACCUCAUCACAACCACAUCACAACCACAUCACAACCUCAUCACAACCACAUCACAACCUCAUCACAACCACAUCGCAACCUCAUCACAACCACAUCACAACCUCAUCACAACCACAUCGCAACCACAUCGCAACCACAUCACAACCUGUAGUCUGCUUCUCAAUAGCCUGCUUCUCAUUGUAUUCCUUGUUCACUUUCAGCUCUGCACUGCACUUGCACAGGAACCCUAUUUUAAGCUGAUGUUGUCCAGGACAAUGCUGAAUUAUUCUCAGACAUGCACGUGUUACUGCUAUCUGACACACAAGGCCUCGGCAGUAAAUAACUGACACUGCUGUUGCCAGAUACCAGAUUGUCUUUAUCUUUUCUGAACAUCCUGUCUCAGUUUGCAAGGCCAGUCUUUGUGCACCUGGACAUUUCCAUAUCGCCCAUUAAGUGCCAUUGUCCUCAUAUUUUUGUAAUUUUUUGGAACAUUUGUAUCUUUAACCAUAUUGUUCUGAUAACUUAGUCUAAUUUUGUUACCCGCAAAAGUUAUGUCUAAAUGUAAUGUAUCAAAUGAUAUUAAUCCAGCUUGUGUUGUGAUAUUUUAAAAGUAAAAUUAAUUUGGUACUUAAUGGGUUAAUGUUGCUGGUGUUUUCACCCAGGGGUGAUUUACUGACCACCUUCUUACUGAAAACAAAACAAACUAAAUGUUUAUAGAGAGAGAUCUGCAAACGCAGCUUCAUAAAUGUUAGGGUGACGGUAUUAAUAUGCUUAGAUCCAUUAAAAUAAACCCCAUCCAGUGUUGAGGAGUGUCUUUCACUUAAUUUUGGCUUGUUGGGGUCCUUUUCAAUGGAAACCUCUGCUGUACACAGGCUUUGUGCCAGUGUUUUAAAUACAUUAACACACAUACUGUACAUACAACACUGUACAGUGUGUGUUCCUGUCUGCCAUCACUAUCUACUGAAACCUGAAACGAUAAGUUCUGUAAUAGCGAUUCCUUCUGUGA